ACGAAGGGAAGUAGUUUAGUAUAGUUCAUAUUAUUAUACGUAAACAAUUCCAUCAUAGCAUUGAAAUGAAACAUUUGUUUCUUACUUUGUCAUAUUUUGUCUACUGUGAGGCAAAAAAAUUUGAUACAUGCGACUUGGCCAAAGAAUUAAACGAUAUUCAAGAUUUUCCUAAAAGCAACAUUGCCAGCUGGGUGUGCCUCGCUGAACAUGCGAGUGGUGGGGACACCAAAGCCAUAAGCUUAACGCCGGCAGGAAUACAUCACUAUGGACUAUUUCAGCUUCCCCAAAGGACGUGCGAAGUUGGGGGGAAUGGUGGGGAUUGUCAAGUAGCUUGUCAAUCCCUUAUAGAUGACGACAUUAAGGAUGCUACGAAGUGCGCUCUGAAGAUAUUUGAAGACCGAGGGUUUUACGACUGGCUGCAAUUUAACCAGACCUGUCAAGACAUUAAUGGGGUAAAACAGAAACUGGCAGAUUGCGGCUUUAAACCAUGAAUAAAGGAUCUCCUAUCGCGCAGAUGAUUCAGAACUUGACCGAGGCUUAAUCACUUUGGUGUAAUGGUUUGUUGUGUCCACACCUGAUUUUUUGGGGUUUCUACCCAAAGGGUAAAAACGGGACCCUAUUACUAAGACUUCGUUGUCUGUCCGUCUGUCUGUCUGUCUGUCUGUCUCCAGUCUAUAUCUCAAGAAACACUACAGCUAGACUUCUGAAAUUUUCACACAUUAUGUAUGACGGACAGUGUUGUGUAUGAUAGACGGACAGAAGGACAGACAUCGAGACUUA